CGCUAAUUUCUCGGUCAGUCUUAAGUUGACCGGCCGCGAAUCCUAACACGUGGUGUCGAGCAGCCAACCAUGCCAGUGCAAUUUCGCUUUGACCUAGAAGAACCCGUGCUGUGAUUCAGAAUAAACAUUGUGCUUGAAAAUGCGCUAAAAGAUUCAGUUGAUGUAAACACCACGCGAUAUUAUUAAAAAAAAUGGAGAAGCCAAAAAAGUGUGAUUCGGAGACUAAGAUUGAUUCCGCCAAGAAAUCCGGUAGUUUAUCAAGCGCGCACCGUGAGUCAACGUCGACAGCUUUGCCGGAAAGUGCCCCGACAUCACGACCGCAGAGAAGUACCACCACGCGACGAGCUCACCAAAUUGAUUCCGCGCCAUUGCCAGUUACAGAUUCGAGGGAAGAGCGAAAGGCCAAUGGAAGGUUCAUAGCAGUAUGUGUUGCGUUGUUCCUCAUAUUUCUCGGGAUAUAUCACGCAUGGCUCCGGCGAACAGCCGUUGUUGCAGGAGUUAUAGUUCCGGUUCUUAUCAUGCUGCUCUACACCGCUUGGGUUCUCUAUUCUGCCAAACGACACAAACGGAAAAUGAUGAUGCUUAGAAAUGCAGCAUCUCUGAAUUCCGUUAACGGCCUGGAGAAAGAUUCCGUUUCUUCACAUCUAGAUGGUCCACAGAAGGCUAAGGAAAAUCUCCAGAGCUCUUCGGUCGUCAGCAAUUCACAGAAAACUGGCUCUGUGAGGUACUCAAACAUCAACGAAAUAGCAUCUACCUCAACGCGAAGUCAUUCAAAGGACGUGAAUCUUCGAAAGCAUGAACAACAUGAUAAAACUAGAACCAAUGCAGCGCAUAAGCCACUGUCAAAGGUACUGCCACGACAGCAAUCGUCGAUAACUCCAACCAGCUUGAAAGAAAUCACGCAACAACGGCGACUGUCCCUGGACCCGCAUAUGGCUCACAUCAUUGUCAAGAAUGAACUGGAUAAGGAUAGGCAUGGUAGUCUGCGGAGUGUGGAGAAUACGAAGAACACUAAGAAGUCGAAAAGCAAUAAGGAAAAAGUGGGUUUUGCUAUUUAGUAGUUUAUUAUUUGCAUAAUAAAAAUGAUGGUAUUAUUGA